GAUAGGGUUAGUUAGUCAGCUACAGAACUGACGUGCGUCGGAAUAAAGUUUCCUUUGUGCUUAAUAUAUUAUCCAGUUUUAUUAUUUAAUAUUAACAAUGAGUAACAGAAAAGAAAGUAACGAGGAAGAUAAUGAUUCCGGUGUUGGCUGGAUGGUUGCUGCGGGCGUUGUAAUUGGUGCUGCUGCGUCGGCAAUUGGUUAUAUUGUUGGUAAAAAUUCUGCCGAAACUCCACAAUGUAAUAUAUCCAGUAACACAAGACAGCAGCCUUCGCAAUCGCAAAAUUACCGCAGCAAAGUGGUGACGUGCGAGAAAUGUUCAAUCUGUUUAGACGAUAUGGACGUUGCAGUUCUACCUUGCAGACACUCCUUCCACAGGAAAUGUAUUGCUCAGUGGCUCGCAAUGAACGGCACUUGCCCAACUUGCAGGACACCUGUACGUUAAAAAACCGUAUAACAAACUAACCUCUAACCCACAAGGACUUCUAAUUCACUUAAAAAUGGCGAAAAUCAAAUUAGAACACUGUCUGAUGGAUUUUAGAGGUUAGUUUUAGAACACUAAUCUAAUCUUUACAUUUUAUUGAUUUGUUAUCAAAUUAUUCCUUGACUUAUCCUUUAAUAAACUCAGCGUACAGCGUUUUAAAAACCACAUGCCUGUUUACAACCCUUAAGUAAUAAUUAUAAAUAGAAGAACUUGUAAAAUUAAUCAAAUAAAAACAGAUU